AUAAUGAAACAAAUCAACGAAACUUUUAAAGUACGAGCAUUGUUCCCUUGCGAGCAUGUUAUAAGAUUUGAGUCGCAAUACGAACAUGACUAUGUGUGGAGGCAAACAGCCAUGGGAUGUAUGGUGUUACAAAUUCUACAGGGAAUGUUUCAUUUCAAUGUAACAUAUCCGAAAGAAAAUUAUUUCAAUAUGACACAGGAAGCCAAGCGGGAAGCUAUAGGUCCGAGAGACAAUGACUCCGUGGACAUAUAUGUGAAACCAAUGGAACUUCAAGCCCACAUGUUGGAUAACGCAUAUCCAAUACAGGCGAUAUUUAUGUGGCGGUUCGGAUUUAUUCUCCGACGUCACUACGAUGGUAUUCCACAUGGCUUUUAUAGCCAGCCUUUCACAAAGCCUGUUUGGAGCUGUAUUUAUACCAUGAUAUUACUGGGAUCAGUCACAUUUUACAUUUUGAGUUGGUGGGAUCACCAGAUGUUUGGUAUCGAAUUAAGUUUCCCCCUGGAAGUCCUACUGGCCUUUUCCGCAUAUUGUCAACAUAUUCUUCCAUUGCAAGCGAUGUCGUGUUCUCGCCGUAUUGCAUAUUUAACUUUUAUUUUAUGUGCGUAUGUCGUACAUUGUUUUUAUACAUCCAACCUGCUAUCUCACCUCGUGAGUGAUAAGGAUGAAGCUAUGAAUCUACAGUCUAUAGUGGAUGAAGAUUACCAAAUCGUUUUGCUAAAGGAUAUGAAUCUUAUAACUGAUAAAAAGAAAUACGAGAUGGCCUUAGGCAAGAACCUCAGUAUUGUUUGGAAUAAAGUGCAGCAACUCAAAAUAUUGGACGUAAAUAGUGCUUUGAAAGCCGUGAUUGAUACGAAAACUGCUCUAUUGUCUGACUACAUCACUCUUUAUCCGAUUUGGAAACGAUAUUUCCGCAGAGACGAAAUAUGUCAACUCGUCGAAAUCGAUCUCUACUCUAAUGUGAAGUAUUAUUUUUUUACAUCCAAGAAUUUUUCAUACAAAGAAGAGUUUAAGAUAGGGACUCUUCGUGCAAAAGAAGUCGGAUUGUUGGUUAGGUUUAUGGUCAUAGACAAGUAUAGACCGGCUGCAUGUGAGCAGUCCAACGCCCAUUACAACGUACAAUUUGAGCACACGCUGAUACCCAUUGCUUUACUUCUUGUCGCUUACCUGAUGACACUGUUGAUACUCCUUGGAGAAAUAAUAUAUCAUAGCAGAAAUCGACUGUGGCCUUACAUUGAAUAAAAUUUUGUAAAA